CAAAAAUAAAAAUAAAAUGGAAACAAAAUUGCACUCAAAUUACAUCAGUUGACGCUUUGAUCUUUAUUAUUUAAUAUUAAAUUAAUUAAUUAAAGAUGUCUAGUAGUCCAGAGAUCCUACACGCGCUAGGCAGUACUUCGAAGGGAAAGUUGAAAUAUGAUAAAACGUGGUUUGAAGACGGACGAUUACAGGCUAUCUUAGAGGAAUGCUGUAAAACACCUGUUGUAUCUGGUCCAGUUUCCCCCAAUGUUAGUUUGAAGGUGCAAAAUGAUGAGGCUGACAACAGUAUUAUAUCAGUCGGCUCUGGGAGAAAGACAGGAAGCAUCGGGGAUCUGCGUAACUUGAACAACUCUUGCAAUGAUGAUUAUGGGUUCCGUUCACGCUCCAACAUGAGUUACGCUUCAACAGACUCUGGCGGCAGUCAUAACAUCAGCCCAGGACAGAAGUCGAAAUCAAAGAAUUCCAGUAAAACCAGUCCAAAAAUGAGAUUGACAGCUAAAGAUAAUUCCCCCUUCAAUAAACAUGAUAAGAGCCCACUUCAAAAUAAUAGCCCACGGGGCACUAAUCAAGAGACAAUCAGAUCAAACUGGGUGGAAAGUGCAAUUAAGAAAUGUGAAACACAGUGCAAGGAACAAGCUAAGGAGAAAGUCAAUGCGAAGAAAGAGGAAUUAAGGCGUCAACUGUUGCUGAUUCAACAACAAGCAGAAACAAGGCAACUGGAACUAGACCUGAAGAUAGAGGAACAUAACAACAAGACACAGGCGCAGAUGGAAGCACUCAACCGCGAGAAACUCUUAGAGGUCAAACAGAGACAACUGAAAUUGAAAGAGCAUCAUAAAAUGCAUGCUAGACUUCUUGAUGUAAAGAGGCGAGAGGCUGAGGAGAAACAACACCAGAUGGAGUUGGAGCAGAACCGCAAGGAUGCCGAAGCUAAGAAAAGGAUUGAGGCACUCGUAUCAAGUCUAGAAAAAGUUGUAGGGAUCAAACAGACCAUGGAAAGAAAGAUAAAAGACUGCAGACACCAGUCUCAACUAGAGGAGAAUAUCAAAGUCACCUGUCCACAGAUUGUACUGAAUAUUUACACCAAAAUCAAUGAGAUGCUUCAGAAUUGUGCAGAGAUAGGAGAUGUCAUUCCAGAGCAAAUGGAACAAAUACUACAGCUUGUAAAGAAAGCCAACAAUUCAAUGGAAAUUGUCACUUCAGCCAUAGAUACAGUUGACAGGGCAGCUAAUGAGGAAGAGCAGAAAAAAGCAGCUGCAGAAAUAGCUGCUAAAGCUGCAGCUGAGGCAAAAGCUGCGGCUGAAGCUGCAGCUCCAGCUGCAAAUAUAAUAGAUCCUCUAAAAUUGGCAGAAGAAGUUUUGGCACAGUAUCAGUCCCACCUAGCUAGAGUGUCAGAGGCAGAGAAGGCUGGUUUGGCUCUAUCAGCUGAUCCUAGGUUGAAGAAAUAUAAGUUUGACCUACAAAAAGCAGUGACGCUUCCAGUGAACACUAUAUCCACACAAAGUGGGUCACAUUUACGGGACAAACUGGAGAAAAUACACUCCAUUCUAUUUGGUAAACAAGUUGAAGUUGGAAGUAAACGAGUCAACCCCAGCGAACAUCCAAUGGCUGUUCCAUUCUGUAAAGAUUUAUUUGCUAAGAAAAUCGUGAGUAAAGGAGAUGAGGAAGUGAGUGCUAAUCAUAAAUCGGCCUUUCCUAUAGCAGCCGUUACAGUUGGAGUCAUGUGUGAGUUCCCUGAGCUAUCCGAGCUCAUCUGCGGACAUUUUUACAAGAAAUGUCCAUAUUUGGUGCCUUAUCAUCCCUCGAGGCAACCUGGCCAGUCAUCAGAAGAUUUUCAUAGGUCACUAGGAUAUACAUACGAUGAGGAAGGCAAUGUUGAAAAACAAGAUAAAUAUUUAAAGCGAAUGUCAGGACUAAUGCGACUUUAUGCUGCAAUCAUAGUCUCCACCCCUCCCAGGGGUCCGCAGCACCCUCACCCAUAUGGCUUAGAGAUGGGUUGGCUCUGGUUGACCCGAUUACUAAACAUGGACCCCUGGCCUGACGUCACAGCAACACUACUGUAUGACUUUCUUGUCGUUGCCGGCAAUGCAUUCAUGCAGGCAUAUAAAAUUCAGUUUCAUAAACUGUUAUUUGUGCUUUGUACAGACUAUGUGAAAAAGAUAAAUGCAGUGACCCCAAAAGGAUCAGGGGGUCCAGUAGGAAGGCGAUACAAAAGAAGGACAUUUGAAUGUAUGGAUGUAGCACCAGAAGCAGUACCAGGUGGUGAGGGUAAUGAAGAUGGUGCUUUGUUCCAUGCUGUUGAAGCAUCGUGUGGGUCAUUACCUUGUCCAAACUACAUAGAUGGGGCAGAGCUGACGUGUGUGGUCUGCACAUCUUAA